AGACGCAUUUACAUUUAUAUAAAGGAAGUAGAAGUGAAAGAACAUAUCGAGGAGAGGAUAGGAAAGGGAAAUGGAGGUGGAGGUAAAUCACCGAGGAGAAUGUUCGCCGGAGCAACAGCAGCGGCCGGAGCCGAUCAUUAAGUUCAUAGUGGUGGCGGCGAUAGCGAUGGGGGUGCAGUUCGGGUGGGCCCUACAGCUAUCCCUGUUGACCCCGUACGUGCAGUUGCUGGGCAUACCCCACAAGUGGGCGUCCUUAAUCUGGCUAUGUGGCCCCGUCUCGGGUUUGAUUGUCCAGCCGAUUGUGGGCUACUACAGCGACAUUUGCGCCUCCCGUUUCGGGCGGCGCCGCCCCUUCAUUGCAGCCGGCUCGUCUCUCGUUGCGGUGGCUGUUUUCCUUAUUGGUUUCGCCGCCGAUAUUGGAAUUGCGUCUGGUGAUUCUCUCGGAGCUCACGCGAAACCCAGGGCGAUUGCAGUUUUCGUGUGUGGGUUUUGGAUUCUCGACGUUGCUAACAACAUGUUGCAGGGGCCUUGUAGGGCGCUGCUUGCUGAUUUAUCGGCCGGAAAUGACAAAAGAAUGAGUACUGCAAAUGCCAUGUUCUCCUUUUUCAUGGCGGUCGGGAACAUUCUAGGCUACGCCGCCGGGUCGUACAGGCGUCUCUACAAAUUCUUCCCCUUCUCCGAAACGAAGGCUUGCGAUGUGUAUUGCGCCAACCUCAAGAGCUGCUUCUUCCUCUCAAUCGCCCUUCUGUUGAUCGUAACUGUCGUCGCACUGACGUUUGUGCGCGAAAUCCCGUACAUCCCGGCGCCGGAGAACCAGGGGAAGAAGGGCGGGAUCCGUUUAUUCCGGGAGUUAUUCGGUGCGGUCAAGGACAUGCCUAAACCAAUGAGGAUGUUGAUGGUGGUGACGUGUCUCAACUGGAUUGGCUGGUUCCCCUUCCUGUUGUUCGACACUGAUUGGAUGGGGAAAGAGGUGUACGGAGGGACGGUGGGCCAAGGUACACUGUACGAUCAAGGGGUCCGUGCCGGCUCCUUGGGGCUCAUGCUGAACUCGGUGGUGCUCGCCGUCGCUUCCCUCGGGGUGCAGGUCGCUGGCCGCGGGGGGCCAGCCGUCGUGAAGCGGUUGUGGGGAGCGGUGAAUUUUCUACUUGCGAUUUGCCUGGCCAUGACUGUAGCAGUCACCAAAUUGGCGGAGCAUCAUCGGCGGUACGCGGUGGACGGCGACGGUCGCUCCAGGCUCCUUCCCCCGUCGCUGGCUGUAAAGACGGGGGCCUUGUCGCUUUUUGCUGUCCUCGGCAUUCCUCUCGCGGUAACUUUCAGCAUUCCCUUUGCUAUGGCGUCGAUAUACUCCAGCAGUCAUGGUUCUGGACAAGGUCUGUCGCUUGGAGUUCUCAAUCUUUCCAUUGUCGCGCCACAGAUUCUGGUGUCGUUGGUGGGCGGGCCGUGGGACGACUUAUUCGGCGGAGGAAACCUGCCGGCGUUCGUCGUGGCAGCCAUAGCCUCGGCCUUGAGUGGUGUGCUUGCCCUCGUGGUGCUUCCAUCUCCGCGGCCUGGUGGUGCUGCAGCUACUAAGCUCACUAUUCCUGCAGGAGCUCAUUAAAAAAGCUAGCUAGCUAGCUUAGCUUCUUCAUUGCAUUUCUUGUACCAUUUAAAAUGAUUUUUCUUCUCGUACUUGAAAUUGAACAUGCAUUAUUUUUGCGUGGGAUGUAUUGUUGUUACGCCUGCCUUGUGCACGAACUAUAUAUGGUCAAUUUGUAUUUUAAUUGUAUGAUGUCGGGAAAUGGCGUAAACUUCCCGGUACAAUUUAUUUGUUGUGCGCAGUUUUAUGGUUGGUGACCUCCAAA